CAUGCAAGAAUCGAGCAUUGAAGAUCAACGUAUGCUUCACAUGAUUGUUAUGGCAAUUUUUCUUAUGGUGCAAGUAGAAUGUUAAAAAUAAUUAUGUGAGAAUUGACCUUUUUCUUUUGCUUUCACUCUUUGCUGUUUGCUUUGUUGCUCCAUUGCACCUGAUGGUCGGUGACAAAUGGAGUAAGAAAGAUUUGAGAAUGAAUUGCACAAAUUGACGAAAGCAAAUUAAGAAGAAGAAAAGGCAGGAGAAAAAGAAAAAAUUCAGAGUCUGUUUUGUGACUUUGACUCAUGAUAAUGUAAGCAAAAGUGGAGCCAAAACCAUGCAUUAUGAGGUUUGAGAUUGGGUCUUUUAGUCAAUCAAUCUCUUUCAUGUUCGCCUCGAAGAGGGGACGUCGGUACAAAAAUCCAAAAUAUAUUUUAAUUGCAGACUUGAGAAACCAAGACAAGAAAAUAUGGCGGAUUUCCUAUGGAGCUUUGCUGUAGAUGAAGUGUUAAAGAAGACAGUGAAGCUUGUGGCAGAGCAAAUUGGCAUGUCAUGGGGGUUUAAGAAGGAUCUUUCAAAACUAAGGGACUCUUUACUAAUGGUAGAAGCCAUCCUACGUGAUGUUAACAGAAUCAAGGCAGAACAUCAAGCCUUGAGGCUAUGGGUGGAGAAGCUUGAACAUAUCGUUUUUGAAGCCGACGUUUUACUCGACGAGCUCUCUUACGAAGAUCUUCGACGCAAGGUGGACGCCAGGCCGGUACGUAGUUUCGUUUCAUCCUCCAAAAAUCCCCUUGUUUUUCGCCUCAAAAUGGCCAAUAAAAUUAAAGCUAUUGCUAAAAGGUUAGACGAGCAUUAUUGUGCAGCGAGUAUCAUGGGGCUUGUUGCUAUAACAUCCAAAGAAGUCGAGUCCGAACCUAGCCAAAUUCUAGAGACAGACUCGUUUCUUGAUGAGAUUGGAGUUAUAGGGAGGGAAGCUGAAGUAUUAGAGAUAGUGAAUAAACUACUUGAACUUAGCAAACAAGAAGCAGCUCUAUCUGUUUUACCAAUUGUUGGUAUAGGUGGACUAGGAAAAACAUCUUUGGCGAAGGCGAUAUUUCAUCAUGAAAUGAUAAGGGAGAAUUUCGAUAGAAUGAUAUGGGUGUGUGUGUCUGAACCUUUUGUUAUCAACAAGAUUUUAAGAGCAAUUUUGGAAACUCUUAAUGCUAAUUUUGGUGGAUUAGACAAUAAGGAAGCUUUACUUCAAGAGCUUCAAAAAUUGUUGAGGAACAAAAAGUAUUUUCUGGUGCUUGACGAUGUCUGGAAUGAAAAUCCUGAUCUGUGGAAUGAGUUAAGGGCUUGUUUGCUAAAGGCCAAUAAAAAAUUUGGAAGUGUUAUUGUUGUGACUACUAGGAGUGAUGAAGUUGCAAAUAUUGUGGAGACAAAUCAUCAAAGACAUCGUUUGAGAAAGUUAUCAAAUGAUUAUUGUUGGACUUUAUUUGAAAAAUGUGCAUUUGGAAGUGAUUUGCCAGUGACUCCAAGAGUUGAUCAUGUAAUCAGAGAAGAGCUUGUUAAAAGAUUUGGUGGCAUACCUUUGGUUGUGAAAGUGUUUGGAGGAAUGGUGAAAUUAGACAAGAAUAAAUGUUGUCAAGGAUUGCGAUCAACUUUGGAAAAUCUAAUCAUAAGUCCAUUACAAUAUGAAAAUAGUAUUUUAUCUACCAUAAAAUUAAGUGUGGACAGGCUGCCAUCAUCUUCAUUGAAGCAAUGUUUUGCCUAUUGUUCAAACUUUCCACGAGGCUUCUUAUUUAUAAGAGAACCACUUGUUCAAAUGUGGAUAGCACAAGGGUUUAUUCAUCUACCUAGUGGGAGCAAUGUAACGAUGGAGGAUAUUGGAGCAAACUACUUUAAUACUUUGUUGUCUCGCUCUUUGUUUCAAGAUGUCGUCAAAGAUGACAGAGAAAGAAUUCUGUAUUGCAAGAUGCACGAUGUUGUACAUGAUGUUGCAUGUGCUAUUUCAAAUGCUCAAAAAUUGAGACUGAGUGGCAAAUCUAAUGGAGACAAAGCUCUUUCGAUCGGUCAUGAAAUUAGAACACUUCAUUGCAGUGAAAAUGUUGUUGAACGGUUUCACCUGCCAACCUUUGAUAGUCAUGUAUUUCACAAUGAGAUCAGCAACUUCACCUACUUGUGCGUUUUAAUUAUUCAUUCAUGGUUUAUACAUCAACUGCCAGAUUCAAUUGCUAAGUUGAAGCAUUUAAGGUACCUCGACAUUUCACACUCUCUAAUAAGAACGCUUCCAGACUCUAUUGUUUCACUCUAUAAUCUGCAGACAUUGAGGCUUGGAAGUAAAAUUAUGCAUCUUCCUACAAAAUUGAGAAAAUUGGUCAAUUUAAGGCAUUUAGAAUUCUCUCUCUCAACUCAAACUAAACAAAUGCCUCAACAUCUGAGUCGAUUGCUUCAACUUCAAACGCUUUCGAGUUUUGUAGUCGGUUUCGACAAAGGAUGUAAGAUAGAGGAACUUGGACCACUGAAUAACCUUAAAGGUGAACUAAGCCUUUUCCAUCUUGAGCAUGUCAAAAGUAAAACCGAGGCUAUGGCUGCAAAUUUGGCAAUGAAGGAAAACAUUUCUGAUCUAUAUUUUCAAUGGAGUUUGUUAAGUGAAAGAGAAGAUUGUAGUAACAAUGAUUUGAAUGUGUUGGAAGGGCUUCGACCACACAAAAACCUUCAAGCCUUGAAAAUUGAAAACUUUGGAGGUGUUCUGCCUAAUGGCCUCUUUGUUGAAAAUUUGGUGGAGGUAAUUCUAUAUGAUUGCAAAAGAUGUGAAACUUUGCCAAUGUUGGGGCACUUAUCUAAGCUUGAAUUACUUCAUAUUCGUUGCUUAGAUAGUGUAAAAAGUAUUGGGGAUGAAUUUUAUGGGAACAAUAAUAGUUACCACAAUGAGUGGUCUUCAUUGUUAUUCCCUAAACUCAAGACCCUUCAUAUUUCCCAAAUGAAAAGUUUAGAGCUUUGGCAAGAAAUAGGGAGUUCAUCAAACUAUGGUGCGACCUUUCCUCAUCUUGAAAGCUUGAGCAUUGUUUGGUGUUCGAAAUUGAUGAAUAUUCCUAACCUUUUUCAAGUUCCUCCAAAGCUUCAAUCUCUCAAGAUUUUUUAUUGUGAAAAAUUGACAAAGUUACCACAUUGGUUAAAUCUCUGCAGCUCCAUUGAAAAUAUGGUCAUAUGCAAUUGUCCUAACGUUAACAAUAAUUCUCUUCCAAAUUUGAAAAGUAUGCCAAACUUGUCGUCCUUGAGCAUCCAAGCUUUCGAGAAGUUGCCGGAGGGGCUUGCCACCAUUCAUAACUUGAAAAGAUUGGAUGUUUAUGGGGAAUUGCAAGGUUUGGAUUGGAGUCCAUUCAUGUAUCUCAAUUCAUCGAUUGAAAUUCUUCGGUUGGUUAACACAGGAGUAAGUAAUUUACUUCUGCAACUUCCUCGACAACUUGAGUAUCUCACCGCUUUAAGAUCAUUGGAUAUCGAACGUUUUAGUGACAUUGAUUCUUUGCCAGAAUGGUUGGGAAACCUUACAUCUUUAGAGACGUUAAAUCUACGUUAUUGCAAAAAUUUGAAAAGUUUCCCUUCAAUAGAAGCCAUGUCUAAUCUCACCAAAUUAAGUCGUUUGGAAACUUAUGAAUGUUUCCAACUUAAACUCGACGAAGGUAGCUAUGAGCGGGCGAAAAUUGCGCAUGUACAUGAUAUUAGCUGCUAGCACUUCAGGUUUGUAACGACUAAAGUUUCACCUUUAAGAUCAUAAGUGAGGACAACUACUUCCAACGAACUUGUUUAUUAUCUUUUUUUUCUUCUUCUCAUUUUAUUAAUCUUGUAUUGUGUAUUUAGAUCUCAUUAUUGAGUUGAAUUGGAUCAACAAUUAAGCUUUUUAAUUUGUAACUGCCACUACUUUUUUAUUAGAUGUAUUUGUAAUUGUGAAUCAUUAUUUUUUUAAUUUGAGACU